CGCUAAACAGCUUCAGUUCGGAAUCAGGAAGGAGGCUCUCGACUUUUUCUCCGAUUUUAGCACCAGUAGAAGAGAAGAAAAAGAUGUCUGAAGAUGAUAACUCAGAGGUGCCCUUCAAGGAAGAAGAGGAAGAGGAGGAGGAAGAGGUCCUUCCCAAGAAGAAACGCGGCCGGCCGAAGCGUUCCUUAGUGAGCGCCGAGGAGACGGGCUCCGAGGUGGCGGAGAUGGCCGAGGCAGAUGGCAAGCCCCCCACCAGGAAACGCGGUAGGAAGAAGAAAACCCUCUACUUUGAUAAUGAUUCAGGAAGUGACGAUGAAGUGAUCCAUCAGAUUGGCACAAAGAUAAAGAAGAAACGCGGGCGGCAAAAGGGACAUACUCUGAACAGUGGUCUGAAUGACCUUCAUGUUGCUGCAGUGCAAAAGAAUGUGGAGAAAAUUUUUGUGGCUCCCUCCGGUGUUCAGAAGGAACGUUUAAAGCCAGAGGAUUUGUUUGUCCUCAAUGCAGCGGGUGAGGAAGUGGAAGUUCCAGCAGAUAAGCAGCUAAGGAAGAGCCAGUGCACCCCACUUUUUAUGCUGGCUUACCGAAUGCGAGGAGCUGGGGCUGUCAUACACAGUCAUUCAAAGGCAGCAGUGAUGGCGACACUAGCCUAUGCUGGGUCAGAGUUCAAGGUCACCCAUUUGGAAAUGAUUAAAGGUAUUAAGUGUGCCUCAGAAGACAGGCAGAUGAGGUAUGAUGAGGAGGUGGUCGUGCCCAUUAUCGACAACACACCUUUUGAAGCAGAUUUGGCAGAUAGUAUGGCACAGGCAUUGGAGCUUUACCCUGAUACAAAUGCUGUGUUGGUUAGACGACAUGGUGUUUAUGUGUGGGGUGAUACAUGGGAAAAGGCCAAGACCAUGGCUGAAUGCUAUGAUUAUUUGUUUGAUAUAGCAGUUCAGAUGACCAAGUUUGGACUCGACCCUUCAAAGCCAGCCGAAGAUGAAGCCAAAACAGAACAAGUGAAUGGGAAAUGAAUACAAGUAGAAAAGGAAGUUCUUUUAGCACAAGGCAAAAGGGGAAAAGAAUAAUAAGGCCAGUGGAAUUAUUCACACUGGUUUUUUUUUGGCCACAUUGCCUCGUCUGCUCAAGAAAGGAGUUUUAUUUCUAAAUCUUAAAAUAGAAAAGACUUUUUGAACAUGAAAACUUCCCCCACUUGAUAAUGAUUUUAGAUGCCAUAUUUUCUUCAUAUGGGAAUAACCUUGUUGUAUCUUUUUAUCAUCAGAUUUGCUUACUCACUAUGGCCAUUCCCUGCAAAAAAAAUGCAAUAAAAAUCCAAAUAAGGAAAAAAAUGAAUUCUUGUGGUUUCUUUUUUAUAAACUUAGUAAAAAUGAAAUUACUGAAACCAUAUUGCUCAAGUUUUGCAGAUGUAAAUAUUACAAAACAAUUGGUUAACUGGACAAGCCAUCACCUUUUUCUUCAGUGCCUAAGCACCUUUUACAUUUUCCUUUGUCCUUCUUUCUUUAUUUAGAUUCUUUUAAGAGCUUGCAAAUAGAUUUUAAAACAUUUAUCUAUUUAUUUAUAUUUUUAAUGAAAAACAAAAGUCUAUAAGACUUGCAAGAGUAUUUCUUACUUUAAGUUGACCUUUACAUAAUGGUGUAUUGUUGUUAAUCAUAUAUUCCUUAAAGAGUGAUAAGGUGUAAAGUCAUUAUCAUCACCAUGAAGAAAAUUAGGAUUAAGAAGCAGUGGAAAAAGAGAAUGGAGGAAGCUGUCCACCAUCAAAAGAGUACAAACAAAUGAAAACAUACCUGUAUUUCUUUUUUUUCUAUUCCUAUUCUAGCAUGUAAUUGUGAGUUAGUUCAAACAUUUAGCAUGUAGGAAAUCAAAUCAGAAUACACUUUUAAACAAAUGAGGGUGAAGUUUGCUGUAACUUUUUAUAUGAUGCAAAUUUCUUUGUUGAAGACUGAAGGUAUUUGCCAAGAUGAAAUGUAACACUUCAGUUAAAUGCAAUAACUGAAUUUAAAUGUAAAAAAUGCAGCUACUGUAAUAAAUCUGUAUGACUCUGUUAAGUUAAAAAUCCUCUCUUGAAUACAGAACGAGCUUACCCUUUACAGAACACACAAUAUUGAUACUAUUUUUAUUUGGUAAAUUAUCAUGAAAUAAAUUUUUGUUCUCUGAA